UCAACCGGAACUACUUCCGGUCAGAGGCUCCGCCCACUUUGAGACGUUAAUGAAUGUUCAUUGAUCAGAAUGAACUUCUUCGAGUGUUUCUCAGAGUAAUGUAGGAAUAAAAUAAAAUUCUGGUUCUGUUCGGACCUCCGGCGGUGCUGUGGGAAUGGCGAACCGGCACCAGAUGAAAGAAGCCCUCCAGCAGCGCAUAGAUUCGCUGAAACAGCAGCUCCACAGUCUGAGUCGGGACAUCUGGACCAGACCGGAAGUCGCUGGCGAGGAGGUGAACGCUCACGAUGUGCUGGUUCGCUUCUUCUCCGAGCAGGACCAGGCAUGGACGGUCCAAAGCCACUACGAGCUGCCGACCGCGUUCCGGGCCAGCUGGGGUUCGGUCGGUACCACCGGGGAACCCCGGCGACUGAACGUGGGUUUCCUGUGCGAGUAUGACGCGCUGCCGGAAAUUGGGCACGCGUGCGGUCACAACCUGAUAGCGGAAGUGGGAGCUGCGGCCGCUGUGGGGCUGAAGGCGGCGGUGGAGACCCAGCCGGAGCUCCCAGUGGAGAUAACCGUUCUGGGAACCCCCGCAGAGGAGGCGAUGGGAGGAAAGAUUGACCUGAUCCGAGCCGGGGCUUUCACUGAUGUGGAUCUCAUCUUCAUGGCUCAUCCGGCUCAGCAGGAUGCCUCCUUCCUUCCCACCGUCACAAUCGCUGAGGUGUCAGUGAAGUACCAUGGGAAGGCGUCUCAUGCUUCUGCGUAUCCGUGGGAGGGGGUGAACGCUCUGGAUGCUGCUGUGCUAGCUUAUAGCAACCUCUCUGCGCUCAGACAGCAGCUGAAGCCUGAGUGGAAACUUCAUGGCAUCAUCAAACACGGAGGGGCGAAGCCCAACAUCAUCCCUGCCUACUCGGAGCUGGAGUUUUAUCUGCGAACCCCGCGGCUCAGUGAUCUUUGGGACCUGAAGGCCAAAGCCGAGGCGUGCUUCAGAGCUGCGGCUCUGGCCACAGGCUGCCAGGUGGAGAUAAUCUACCCGGCCCAUACCUACUCUAACAUUCUGCCUAAUGACACACUGGCAACCCUGUAUAAAAGCAACGGAGAAGCUUUGGGCAUGGUGUUUCCUGAGCAGCCAGCUAGCUUCUCUGGUUGGUUCCACAGACUUUGGCAACGUUUCAUUCAUAGUGCCUGGGAUCCACCCGUUCUUCCACAUCGGCACCGAUGCAUUAAACCACACAGAGAAAUACGCUGAAGCAGCAGGAGCCGAGGAGGCCCAGUUGUACGCCCUGCGGGCGGCCAAGGCUCUGGCUAUGACAGCUGUGGAUGUGCUGUGCUGCUCGGAUCUGCUGCAGCGAGUGAGGGACGACUUCAGGCUGGCCAAACUGAGAGAGGAGAAGUGACCAGAGGGCAGAGACAACAACUCACAUUGAGACACACAAACUCCCCGAACUCGGCUGGACGGUUUCACUCCAAGAAUUAAUGCUAAAACAACAAAUUAAUGGCACUUUGAAACAAAUGUCAAUGCAUUUUACAUGAUAAACCAACACAAGUGGUGUAAAAAGGUGAAGCAGAAAGAAAAUUAAUUAUGAUUAUGAAUUCCUUUUCUUUUACAAAUAAAAAGUAAGUGGUGUGCAGUUUACUAAAAAGCUCAUCAGCGCUGCAAAAACACAAAAUCUUACCAAGUAUUUCUAGUUCUUGCGCAAAUAUCUUAGUUAAGUUGAAAUAAGAUAAAACUAACUUACAAGUAUCUUUUCAGCAAUAUAAGAACUUGUUUUAAGCCAAUAAUUCUUUAAUAUUGAUUUAAAAAGUUAACUUAUUAAGACAUUUUUCUGUGGUAAAAGUAAAAUAAUCUGCCUGUGAAACUAGUACUUUACUACUGAUCAAGCUCCUAUUGUGCUGUAGUUACUUGUAAGUAAUUUUGUUUUAUUUCAAGUGUGAUAAGAUAUUUACAUUAGAUAUUAGACAAAAAACACUUGAUACUGUUUUUCGUAGUGAAAACAUCUGUUUACACAGUGAAUCUUUACAGAUGUUAAGUGUUACAGUGGAGAUUAUAAACCAACCAAAAUACUUGGUCAGAUUUUGCCGUUGUUCCGUCUUUGUGUCUUUUACAGCAUAAUUUUCCAGUUUUUAAACUCUCUCUUCUUCAGCAGCUUUUAUGUGAUAAAGAGUCGGAUAUUUCCCCUGAGGCUGCUUGGAGAUGAAAUGCAGAGUUAAAGGAAAACGCUCAAAGCUGAAUCUCUUUCACAGGUGAGCAGGAACUCAUGAUGUGGCCUCAAAUGAAUGUUAAUGCUGCAAUGUGCCUCCCUAACUGCAGGGGGUGCUUCACUUUGAACUUUUUUUUAAACAUUUGGUGUUGGACCAAACUGGGGUUUAUGCAAUUUACAUGCACACAUCCUGUCAUUUAGAUCUUAGUGAUGUUUUCACGACUGAAAAGUGGCAGAAUACUGGGAAUUUAUGCAAAAAAAAGCAGCAUCAGUUCAAAGACAUAAAUUGGGUGCACAAGUUCUAGUUUCAGUUCGACAUUUUUUAAAUCCAGAGUCAAAAUUUAAAGUUCUAAGAAAUUACAAGCAUUUUAUAUCCCCAAAAGCAAACUCCUGGUACUUUUGGUUUCAUAUUUCAUCACUUUUUUGAUCAGAAUUGGUGGAUUUUGUGGCACAAACCCAACUUUUAAUCUAUUCUCAAUAGAGCUGAAUUCCAGAAACUUAAAUGUUUACAUGCUUUGUAUAUUAAAAGACUACUUACGAUGUAUAAUUUGGAUUAUAACUGUUGGAGCAUUCAACUGCACCAAAAUCCUAACAAUUCAAACCCAAACUGUCACUUCUGAUGAACCCAAUUGAUCGGGUUGUUCCGGAAAAACCCAGAAAAUACAAAGAACAUUGAUUUAGCUGUCAAACAUGGUGGUGGCAGCAUCAUUCUGAGGUUUUACUUCAAGUGGUACUGCUAAAUUACUCAAAUAAGGUCCAAAACCUACUUUAACUUUCUCGCAAAUAAAAAACAAGAUGGUAGAUGCGUAAUUAAAAAAAAUUUCCUUAAUGUUUGAUGCAAAAUCAUUCAAAACCAGAAAAAGAAUAGUUUGAAUAAAUAAGUAUUAGCUCAAAAUUAGUUAUUCCAGUUUUGUAAAUAUUUUGCUUCAGUUUUCACUCUUAAUUUUUUCUAAUUUCUUUCUUUUAUUAAGGUUAAAAAUAAUAAUCACAGCCAUGCAUGUCAAAGCUCUUCAUUAUUCUUAUAUUGCAUGCAAGAGGGAAUUUACAUCAGCUGUGAUAAAUUCAGCACAAACAAUUUUCACAUUUUUAAGAAGAUAAAACCAUUCUCUUCAAUCUUUAGUUUACCUCAAUCAAGGUACGUUUGGUCAUUUUACAAAUUAAAUAUCUACAGAAGAUUAGGGUGACUAAAAAAAUAAAAGGAUUCUGAAUUUCUUUCUGACUUCUAAGAUUUUUGAAUUUUUCUCAAAAUUCUGAUUUUUCUUUUAAAGAAUUCUGUUUCCUCAAAGUUCAUUUUUUUCUUAUAAUAAAGAGUUCUUUUCCUUCAGAACCUUGACCUUAAUAUUCUGAAAUCAAAAUUCUGAGACAGUCAGAAUUCUGAAAAAAAAUUAAAAAUCAGAAUUUUUUUUUUCAGUGGCCCUAAUCUUCUUCCGUAGAUAUCUCUAUUCCAUUUCACCAAAACUUUAUGAUAAAAGAUAAAACUAUCAACUAACAGGUCACAGUGAACCUCAAUGCCUCACAACAAAAACAGGAGAUCAGCUUCAGUAUAAAAAAACAUAAAUGAACAUGAAAUACAGAUGUUUAAAAAAAAAUACUAAAACAGGUGUUUGGGAUUUACUUCUUAUAUAUUCAAAUAUUUUAAAACUCUUUUCCUAAACCUAAAGAGAUUGGCAAUAAAACAGUUCCCCUGAUCAAAAAUGUAUGUAACAUAAACUGAAAAUCUGGAAAUCCAACAUCAGAACUGAAUACAAAACUUUAACUCAUUGUAACAAAAUUUGUUUGGAAAACUCUGAAAUUUUGAGACUAAUCUCAGAAUUUUUUGAG